CAUUUGAUAUUUCAAACAAUAGUCCAAUGUUCUUCCCCCCCCACCAACACGCUUUUAUUUAAACAAACAAUUUAAAGUUGCAUUUAUAGCAAGCUAACUUCAUUCUUCAUUUUCAUUACUCAACAACAAUUCCAAUUUCAAAUCACAACCAUUUCCAAUUCUCUCCAUUUUCCAGGUUCUAUCAUUAAUUUAAUCAAUCAUACUUUCAAUUUCAUUAUUCCCAAUCUUUUCUCUAGUUUUGAUUACUUUGUAAAUAUAUAUAAUUAGGGCUUAUUAAUCUGUUUCUGUUGAUUCAUAUUUUCAAUUUUAACAGAUUUGUAUACUAUACUUGAUUACUUGUUAUUGCAUUUAGAUCAGAUUGUUUCUGAUUGUUGAGUUUGAGUUUGAAUUUGUUGGAAUGAAUAGUGGUGGUUUGAUUGGGGUUUCUACUAGAGCUCUGAUUAGUCGUAAGAGUAAGAAUCCGAUUAAUUUAGGGUUUUCAAGGAAUGUUAUAGUGAUUGAUGAUAUGUCGAGUUUACGAGGUUAUAGGCCUAAUUAUAAGAUUAGGAAGUAUAGAUAUGAUCAUUUUACAUUGAAUGUUGUAGGUAGUAAAUGUAAGAAUGGCUCGAAUCGGAUGGCUUUUUAUGAUUCCGGUUCUAGUUGGAGUCAUGCUAGGACUUUAUCACGUUGUCGUCGUGGCAAUGAUAGGAAUAGGGGUGUUGCCAUGGUGGUGAAUGUAGCGUCGGAUUGUAGGAACAAUUCGACUUCAUCAUCAUCAUCGGUGUCUGAAGCUCGUGUUAAUGAGAAGAGCUUUGAGAUGUAUUACAUUCAAGGUGGAUUGAAUGUGAAUGUAGAUGUGAAUCCUUUCGUGAUAGAGAGGAUAGAAGAUGAUCUAGGUGUAGAAGAAAAGGAGGAUAGUGUAGGUGUAAAUACUAAUGACAUAGAGGAGUUGAACGAGGUUGGAGCUUCCACUCGUAAGGCUAAGUUGUCGGAAAUUGAGGAGGAGGCUUGGGAGCUUUUGAGGAGCUCUAUUGUGAAUUAUUGUGGAAGUCCUGUGGGGACAGUGGCAGCAAAUGAUCCGAAUGAAAAGGAGCAGCUUAACUAUGAUCAGGUUUUUAUUCGGGAUUUUGUUCCUUCUGCACUUGCCUUUUUACUCAAUGGGGAAGGAGACAUUGUGAAGAAUUUUCUGCUUCAUACAUUGCAAUUGCAGAGUUGGGAGAAAACUGUUGAUUGCUAUUCUCCUGGACAAGGGUUGAUGCCAGCAAGUUUUAAAGUUCAAACCGUGGCUCUUGAUGGAAAAGAAGGAGCCUUUGAAGAAGUUUUGGACCCAGAUUUUGGUGAAGCAGCCAUUGGACGUGUGGCCCCUGUUGAUUCUGGUUUGUGGUGGAUUAUCUUGUUAAGAGCUUAUGGAAAGAUUACUGGUGAUAAUUCACUACAAGAAAGGGUGGAUGUUCAGACAGGAAUUCGAUUGAUUGUUAACCUCUGCUUAACUAAUGGAUUUGAUAUGUUCCCUACACUUUUAGUCACUGAUGGUUCCUGCAUGAUUGAUAGGCGCAUGGGUAUACAUGGUCAUCCCCUUGAGAUUCAAGCCUUAUUCUACUCAGCUUUACGUUGCUCACGUGAGAUGCUAAUUGUCAGUGAUGGUACCAAAAGUCUUAUGGCAGCAAUCAACAAUAGAUUAAGUGCACUGUCUUUUCAUAUUAGGGAAUAUUAUUGGGUUGACAUGAAGAAGCUCAAUGAAAUAUAUCGUUACAAAACAGAGGAAUAUUCUACUGAUGCCAUCAACAAGUUUAAUAUCUAUCCAGAACAGAUACCUUCAUGGCUGGCAGACUGGAUCGCUGAGGAAGGUGGUUAUUUCAUUGGUAAUCUGCAACCCGCUCACAUGGAUUUUCGGUUUUUCACACUUGGGAAUCUUUGGUCUAUAAUUUCAUCUUUGGGUACUACCCAGCAAAAUGAGAAUAUACUUACCUUGAUCGAAUCAAAAUGGGGUGACCUUAUAGCAGAUAUGCCUCUUAAAAUAUGUUAUCCUGCUGUGGAGUCCGAGGAAUGGCGUAUCAUCACUGGCUGUGAUCCAAAGAACACUCCAUGGUCAUAUCAUAAUGGUGGAUCUUGGCCAACACUAUUGUGGCAGUUCACACUAGCUUGCAUAAAGAUGAGGAGGCCAGAGCUAGCUGAAAAAGCUAUUACUUUGGCUGAGAAAAGGCUUUCAGUGGACAAAUGGCCAGAGUAUUAUGAUACUAAAAAGGGACGGUUUAUUGGUAAACAAGCACGCCUUCAUCAAACUUGGACAAUUGCUGGGUACCUAACAUCAAAAAUGCUCCUAGAAAACCCUAAUGCUGCUUCGGCCUUGACUUGUGAUGAGGAUUAUGAGCUUCUUGAAAUUUGUGUUUGUGCACUCAAUAAAGGAGGCCGAAAGAAGUGUUCUCGUGGUGUCACUAGACAUCAGCAUACCGCGUAGUUCUUGAUAUUGGUUGCCGAAUCUCUGUUUCCGAAUACGCAAAUUAUUAAUGCAAGUCGGGAUCUGUUUCUACUGUAAAUCUUGACAAUAUAGCGCUUUGUGGGCCAGAGGAGUUGAGCUUUUAUUACAUCUCCUGAUGGUAUUAGAUUCUUGCUGAAAUUGUUUCUCUAACAUGUAAACUUGUAGUCUUGUAGAUUCUAGGAUUGGAUGAACUAGAUGAGACAUGACAUUAAGUGUUCAACAUGUACCUGAUUGUUACUACGUCCACUUUUCAUGGACAUGGUUACUUUACUAAUUUUCUUAAAACCUAUGUUGAUUGAAAAUUUGAAAGUAAAGAAAAUUCAAUAUUUGGUCUUGUAUCUCAAUAUGGAUAUCAUUGAUUACUAUUGCUACCUUA